UGGCCUAGCUCGGCCUCCAUCUCGGCCUUGGUCUACAAGUCACGGCCUGGAAGUGACAGACAGAUGGAUUCAAAUAUUACUGUUACCUCCAAAGUUGUCUCUGCUACCAGACCUAGCCACAAUGACUUCUCUACUCGUGCUGUUUGGCCUCUUUUCAGCUCUCCCUCAUACCAUUUCGGCGCAAUGUCCGAAUUAUGACAGUUAUGCCACCACAAGACAUGAGCCCUUCUCAGACGGAAGAUACCAGCUUUCAUACCAGAGGCCAACACCAGAAUGUCGUAAAUUCAAUAUUUCCGAGGUUGAAGACACCAUUGAUGAAAUGAGAGAACAAGUCAAAGACCCAGAUCUAUUCCGGUUGUUUGAAAAUGCCUUCCCCAACACCUUGGACACUACCGUGACGUGGAAGGGCUUUGCGGCAAAUGACUCGAGUGAAGAGCUCACCUUCAUUACGACUGGGGAUAUUGUAGCCAUGUGGCUCCGGGACAGUGCAAACCAGCUACGCAGUUACAAGUCGUUACUAAAGGCCAGCGACUCUCCCGACUCGCUAGCAUCUCUGUUCCGCGGUGCGAUUAACCUGCAGGCACGCUACAUUCUCCGGAACCCCCACUGCAACGCGUUCCAGGCGCCCACGGAGUCCGGGCUCCCACCGGAAGACAACGGGUACGCCGACACGGACCAGGUGCGGCCGCCCUACAACACGAGCUUCGUCUUCGAGUGCAAGUACGAGCUCGACUCGAUCUCGGCCUUCCUGCAGCUGUCGCACGACUACUACGAGCAAACCCAGGACGCCGCCUUCUUCGGCAAGUUCCAGUGGAUCGAGGCGAUCAAGACAGUCCUCAGCACCACCGAGGCCCUCCUCAUCGGGACGUACGCCGACGACGGCUCCGUCAACGACUCGCCGUACACGUUCCAGCGGACCGCCACCAGCGCGACGGAGACGCUCUCCAACACGGGCGCCGGGAACCCCGUCAAAGCAGGCACGGGGCUCGUGCGCAGCGCGUUCCGGCCCUCGGACGACUCGACCAUCUACCAGCUGUUCGUCCCGGCCAACAUGCAGUUCUCGAGCUACCUAGGCCGAUGCGCGAGGAUCAUGGCGGCGCACGACGGCGAGCUCGCGGGGCGCAUGGCGGCGUUCGCGGCGAGCGUGCGGGCCGGCAUCGAGGCGCACGGCAAGGUGCGGCACCACGUGUUCGGCGAGAUCUACGCGUACGAGAUCGACGGGUUCGGGUCCAGCAACCUGAUGGACGACGCGAACGUCCCGAGUCUCCUGGGCGCGCCGACUCUGGACUAUCUGGACAAAGACGACGAGACGUAUCGGAAUACGAGGAAGUUCGUGCUCUCGACGUGGAAUCCGUAUUACAUGCAUGGGCCAUUGCUGAAUGGUACGGGCGGUCCACAUGUCGGGCCCGGAAAAGCGUGGCCGAUGUCCAUCAUCACGUCACUCCUGACUUCGGACGACGAUAGCGAGAUCGUCGCGGGCCUGCACAUGCUGGUCUCGUCGACUGAUAGGCUGGGGCUGAUUCACGAAUCGAUAGACACGUUUAAUGCGUCGCAGUGGACCCGCGAGUGGUUCUCCUGGGCCAACGGCUUGUUCGGCGAGAUGCUGUUGGAACUGAGGGAUAGGAAGCCUCAUCUACUCGAGACGAGCUUCCAGUAAUAGUUAAAGUACCUAGGUUAGGUGAUUAAGUCUCGGAGUGUAGAUAGGAUGGACAUGACUUCGGGACUUUUUCUUCAUUUACUACCUACCUACCUACCCAGGAGGGUUGUUCCCCAAGGUCGUAUCUACGUAGGUGGUAAGAUGAUAAACCGGUGUAAAUGUGACGUACUGACAAUUUGCAAUAAUGUCUGGCGAGAUAAGGAUGAUAUGUAGAGGAAAAGAAAAAUGCCA